AUGACACUCAUCCACAAGGUGGGUCACCUGGUCAUAGAAGGAGAUCAGGUGGAUGAAAUUCCAGAUGGAGCAGUAAAACCUCCUAUGAAUAAAAUGCCUAUAUUCUUUUUUGGCACUCACGAGACGGCAUUCUUGGGACCAAAGGAUAUAUUCCCUUAUUAUGAAAAUAAAGAAAAAUAUGGCAAACCAAAUAAAAGAAAAGGCUUUAAUGAAGGAUUGUGGGAAAUUGACAACAAUCCCAAAGUGAAAUUCUCUCAUCAGCGGUCAUCAAGUAAACAGGAUAAUAAUUUACCUGCAGAAGACAAAGAGAUGGAUACUGUCAAAGAAGAUGAUGUCCCGUUUGAAAAACUCAGCAAAGAUGUGAUGAAAACAAAUGAUAUAUAUAAAGUAGCUAGAAGAGGAAGGAAGAGAAAGCCAGUUCCAGCCAGCGCAGCAACAGACAAAAUGGACUGACUGCGCACCAGUACUGAACCACUCAGGUGACUUUACAGCGCCUCUGCAAAAAAACAUAUUUAAGGAUGGUAAAUGCUGAGAAAACAAUGCCAGAGCAGGAUGACCAGCCCGCGGGGAACCCAUGAUGGAGCAGUCUGUUCCUGAAGGACUGUACCCCGUGGAAAGGAUCCACACUGGAGCAAGGGAAAAGUGUGAGGAAGGAGCGGCAGAGACGAACUGUUAUGAACUGACCGCAGCCCCCCAUUCCCCACUUUCCCCUGCACCGCUCGUGGGGGCAGGAGGUAGAAGAGUCAGGAACAAAGGAGUGAAGUUGGGUCUGGAAAGAAGGGGUGGGGUGGGGUAAGGUGUUUUUAGUAUUGUCUUUGUUUCUCACCAUCCUACUCUAUUUUUAACUGGCAACAAAUUAAAUUAUUUUUCCCCAAGUCAAGUCUGUUUUGCCUGUCAUGGUAAUUGGUGAGUGAUCUCCCUGUCCUUAUCUUGGCCCAUGAGCUUUUCCCUUGUCCUGCUGAGCAGAGGGAGUGAGAGAGCGGCUGGGUGGGGGUCUGUCAUCCGGCCAAAGUCAACCCACCACAGUGUGUAUAUUUAUUUGUAUUUUAUACCUCUGUUUGUUUGUGUGCCUACUGGGAAUACAUGCUUAGCCUCGCUACUGGUUGGACCUGGGGACAUGGAGCUGUGGCAGCCUCGCUUCUCUCAGGCUGUCGGAUUCAGAAACCCCUAACACUGGGGACAUAGAGAGAGGGAAGGCAGAGAGAGGGGGAGAGAGAAGGGGAAGACAGAGAGAGGGCAAAAGGAGGGGCAGAGAAAGAGAGGCUGAGAGAGAGAGGCAGUGUUGUGGUUUAGGUCAGGACAGACUAAAAGCAUGCAUUCAUUACUAUGCAAUAAUUGUAUCCACGUGAAGGAGUUUGGCAACUUAUUGCCUCUGUGAAAGAGUGAUUAUUAAUGCAUAGAACCUUGUCUCAAAUGUCUACAGGGACAAUUUUGUUUUGUUCGCUUUCUGUUCAUAGCCAUGGAGAUGUUAAGCUAUGCAUCCAUAACUGACUGUGCUGGUUUUGGCUGAGAAGGGGUUAAUACUCCUCACCGUGUGGGGGUCGGCUACAUUUCCAGCUUCCCGUGCUCUGCCACUUGGCGGGAGGCUGGGAGGGGCAGGGCCAUGGCGGGGGCGGCUGACCCCGACUGGCCAAUGGCAGGUUCAUUCCAUACCAUGUGACACCAUGACCAGUAUAUGGGGGGGGGCACUUUGCGGCUCGGAGGAAGCGUGGCGUUGGGUCGGCAGGCGGCUGUGUCGCAUGCGGUUUGUUUCGGCGGUUCAUUCCCCUCUCCCCUCCCUUCCCCCGCCCCAAGGUUUCACGCCUCUCGUUGUUCUCCUUUGCAUUGCAUUUCUGUUGUUGUUUCUUUUAAUUUUAAUUAUUAAACUGUUCUUAUCUCAACCCACGAGCGUUACCCUUCUGAUUCUCUCCCCCAUCCCACCAGUGGGGGAGUGAGUGAGUGAGUGACUGUGUGGGGCUGAGCUGCCAGCUAAACCACGACACUGACCAGCCAUUAUGACUGGUAGUUCCACUCCUUGGACAUAUGUAGCCCACACAGGUUGGUUUUUCCACCUAAUUCUUAGAAGUGCUCUUGCAUCUUAGGUGUGCAGCUCACAGCUAACUAC